UUUUAGGCCGCCAUGCUGCCCAUCUUACUGCUGCUGCUGGUCCUGGGCGAGCCGGCCCAGCCUUUCGAGCCCAUCAGCCUGGGCAUCGCCAUCGGGGCGGCCUCGGCCCUCACCGGCUACCUGUCCUACCCGGAUUUGUACUGCCAUUUCGUGGAGUGCUGCCGCGACCAGCGCCCGCUCAACGCCUCGGCAUUGAAAUCAGACCUGGAGGAAAGGCUAUUUGGACAGCAUCUUGCCAAGGAAGUGAUUCACAAAGCACUCAGUGGAUUCAGGAACAACAAGAACCCCAAGAAACCACUGACCCUUUCUCUGCAUGGCUGGGCCGGCACCGGCAAGAACUUUGUUAGUCAAAUUGUGGCUGAAAACCUUCAUUCGAAAGGGUUGAAGAGCAAUUUUGUCCACUUAUUUGUGUCCACUCUUCACUUCCCUCAUGAGCAGCAGAUGAAACUAUAUCAGGAUCAGUUGCGGAAGUGGAUUCGGGGCAACGUGAGCACAUGCGCGAGCUCCGUCUUCAUAUUUGACGAGAUGGAUAAAUUGCACCCUGGGCUCAUAGACGCCAUCAAGCCAUUUCUAGACUACUAUGAGCAAAUUGACGGAGUCUCCUACCAGAAAGCCAUCUUCAUCUUCCUCAGCAAUGCAGGUGGUGAUCUCAUAACCAAAGUGGCUCUCGACUUUUGGAAAUCAGGGAAGAAGAGGGAAGAAAUUCAGUUGAAAGACCUGGAACCUGUGUUAUCCGUGGGAGUUUUCAAUAAUAAACACAGUGGCUUAUGGCACAGUGGCCUAAUAGACAGAAACCUCAUUGAUUACUUUGUCCCGUUUCUGCCCCUGGAGUACAGACAUGUGAAAAUGUGUGUGAGAGCGGAAAUGAAGUCCCGCGGCUACAGCGUGGAUGAAGAAAUCGUCUCAAGAGUGGCGGACGAGAUGACCUUCUUCCCGAAAGAUGAGAAAAUCUAUUCGGACAAAGGCUGCAAAACCGUGCAAACUAGGCUGGAUUUUCACUGAAUUUUUAAAACACUUUUUUUUAACCAAAUGGCAGAGCUAAACGAAGGUCCGGACAAACACCUUUACCCUUCCGAAGCACUUCUUGAGACCAUUUCUGGAGCAUAUGCGUUUGCACGAUUUACCUUUGGGAAGUGCAAGAACAUGGGCAGUGUGAUCGGAGAGUUUUCCGUUCGUGAAAGGACUCCAAUCCAACCGUUCCUAUUUCAGCGGGAGAAGGAUUCUAACAAUUUUUUGAGCGCCACACUCGUUGAUGGCCUCAGCUAUUGCCACUAAAGGGCACCUUAGUAGUUUACCCGAGAGGUUCGCUAACCUCAAAGCACCUGUAUAUUAGAAUUGUUUUAAGCUUUUUAAUUGAAAGGGUUUGUUUGAACCUGCUUCCCCAACCAGGCUACCAUUAGCACUUUGUUGGCUUUGUGGGACAAUUGUAGACAGGAUUUUCCUGGUCUUUUAUUUGUUCUAUUCACCCCAAACUCCUAUUGCUGUUAAAUCCAGAUUGGGGCACUCUGAAGUUGGGAGUUUAGCUACUAUAUCGGUAUCUGGCCUCACGGACCUGAGUCUCUUGACUUGAAAGGGGACGUUGAGAAUGGAUUGUCACUGCUCUGCAGGUCGGCAGCAGGAUUAACUUGCCAUAGAGAACCCUGUAGAGGCCAAACUCAGCCCUCCCCCACCCCCCAUUAUCAUGCAGGUCUCCAUCCAUGCUCAAGGACAAAUUGGGGCCACCGCAAAGUUGAACCCUCCCUUUCAGACCAUUUCCGAUUGGUAAGCUGUGCGUCCAAGGCUGGAGCAGUAGAAAACACUACUGAAAAGACACAGUAGCGCGACUCUAAAGGCUGCAUCUGAAUUGCAUCUGAUUUGAACUACAGCUUUGGGGGCGUCCAGUUGUGGGGGAGACUAACCUCUCCCACUCAACAUGGGAGGACAAGCUAUUCCUAUUUGGUCAAUUUUGCCCAUUUCAGCGAUGCGGUGGUAAUUUUUUUACCAGCCUAUUACCGGCAUCCCGAUCUCUCCCUCCUUCCUGUUCUGAUUUAUACAUUCUACCUCCGAACUUCAAGCCACAUACCCAUAGUCUUUACCCAAGAGAAAUCAAAAUGAGUGCAGUGGAUUUGAAAUUAGGUCACUACUCGCUGGAGAAACAUUUCUGACUGUUACUAUUUACAUAGGAAUGUUUUUGUUUGCCUCACCAAUCUAGUAGGAAAUCCAUGGAUCUUGCUCAUUCAUAGUAGUUGACUUGUGCUUUGAGUGUUGCUUAAAGCCAGAUUGCUACACAGCUGAAAUAUGGAUAUUUUUAGGGUGUAUUUUUGAUACUGUUUUAUAAAUUUAUGUAGACAUUAGAAUACUGCUAAUUUUAAGCAAGGGAGAACUGAGAGAUGAAGUAACAUCUCCUACAGUUAAAUUAAAAAAAACAAAACACUUGAUUUUUAUUUUUGGCUUGCCCUCCAGAAUGACAGAACACUUGUAGAUUGAAUAUGGUCAGUUUGGAGCUUCUGCCAGUUUCCAGAAUAAACUAAAGAACUGGGGCUGAUAGAAUUUCAGUGCCUGUCCUUGGGAAAUAAACCUUAGAUUCCUGUGAAUGGUACUAUAGUUGCAGUGCAACUGGGGCCUUACUUUGGAAAUGUGGAAUCUUUUUGGAGUUACUGCAAAAACAUUCCUAGACUUUAAAGACCGUGAAAACUUGCUUGUAAAAUCAUCAAACCAGUCUAAGGGCUUUUUUAUGUUUGCAUAUAUAAAAUCUUGUAAAUUGGAGAAAUUGGUAACAUCUAUUUUUAAAUGUUGUACGAUUGGUCACAAUAGCAAGGUUUUCCGUAUUUACUAAUGACGCAAUAAACUAAACUCCACACAUGAGUAACCUUA